AUGGCGACUGGCGGAAGUCUGUUUUCUCUGUCUUUCUUUUGAUAACUUGACACACGUGCCGCGUGGAGUUUUGCCCCGCAGCACAAUGGUUGCGACUACAGAGAAAAAGGCUCCGGCCGAGAAGAAGCCCGUGAAGGGUAAGGAGGACAGCAAGAAGCUGCCCGCGGUCCCCGAGUCAGUGCUCAAGCACCGCAAAAGGAGGGAGGCGCUCCGUGCUCGCCGCCUUCAGGUCACACUUAAGAGGCGUUCCUCUGCCAUCAAGAAGAAGAAGGAAAUCUUCAAAAGGGCCGAACAGUAUGUAAAGGAAUACCGCAUCAAGGAGCGUGAUGAGAUCAGGCUCGCCAGACAGGCACGCAACCGCGGUAACUACUAUGUUCCCGGUGAAGCUAAACUCGCUUUCGUCAUCCGUAUCCGUGGUAUCAACCAGGUGUCCCCUAAGGUACGCAAAGUCCUGCAGCUGUUCAGGUUGCGCCAGAUCAACAAUGGUGUGUUCGUAAGGCUUAACAAGGCCACCGUAAAUAUGCUGCGUAUCGCCGAGCCCUACAUCGCGUGGGGUUACCCUAACCUGAAGAGCGUGCGCGAGUUGGUAUACAAACGCGGUUUCGCGAAACUGCACGGCCAGCGCAUUCCCAUCACUUCCAACUCCAUUGUGGAGAAGAAGCUCGGCAAACACAACAUCAUCUGUAUGGAGGACCUCAUCCACGAGAUCUUCACUGUUGGUGAGAAGUUCAAGUACGCGAGCAACUUCUUGUGGCCAUUCAAGCUGAACAACCCCACCGGCGGCUGGCGCAAGAAGACCAUCCACUACGUCGACGGCGGAGACUUCGGCAACCGUGAGGACAAGAUCAACGAGCUCCUCAGGAGAAUGGUCUAAAUAAAUAUAGAUUAUAAUUUUA